AUGUCGACCUCUCAAGAAAAAGAAGUCAAUGAGGGCGAAUCAACAUCAUUUCGAUGCGACGCCGUCGGAAAUCCACUGCCAUCAGUGUUUUGGACAAGAGCGGGAGACAAGCAGAUUAUUGCAGAAGGGGACACAAUUGCGAUCGAUAGUGCUAGUAAUUGGCAGCAAGGAGAAUAUAUAUGUACUGUAGUGGUCGAAGGCUUCAAACAUACCUCUAUGUCACACUUCCUUUACAUUCGAGGAGCUCCAGUGAUCACUGCUCCCACAGAAGUGGUAGUAGGUGCAGGAGAACCAGCAGAGAUAUCGUGUCGUAUCAGUGGGCGGCCGAGGCCACUGGAAGUUCAUUGGUCGAAGGACGGCGAGCAGAUCAACUAUGCACUCGGUCGAGCUCAAGUGCACCAGAUUCCGCGUUCGUAUGGAGUAGAAAGUCGUUUGACAGUGAAAGACUUUCGGGAUAUUGACAUGGGAAUCUACAACUGCAUGGCCAGCAAUAGCAUAGCCAAUAACUCGAAAGGUGUACUUCUGAAGAGGAGAGGGAUGUCUGCUGCUCUAGGUUAG